AUGGGGUUUGUUUGUCUGUUUUUCUCUUUGUCGGAGUUGGGUAUAUGUUCUUCGUUCUGGAUGGGUGGAGGCGUCGGCGUCGGCGGCGGUGGUCAGACGGUGGUGUUGCAGAAGGCUGAAAAUAAACUGAUAUUCAUACGCCUACACAGGGACAAGGACACCAGCUUCAAAGUUCAAACAUUCAAAGUAUUACUACACUACCAGAUAUAUGACAUUCCUAAUGAUAUAAAUUCUGCUGUUGAAAUUUUGGAGUUUGUUAAAGUUGUUGAUUGUUACCCAAAUACUUUUAUUGCAUAUAACAUUAUGUUAACCAUUCCUGUCACUGUUGCGUCUGCAGAGAGAAAAGCUUCAACGUGGGCAAACGCAUCGCAGCUACGAUCACUUUUCUGUCAUCUACUCCUUUUCUGUGAGAUUAGCAGUCCACUUUUGCUGUGGAACACUACGUGUGAUAGGAUGAAAGAUGACUACUUACAUACCCUGAGAGCUGAAUUACCAAAUAAGACGGUAACCUUUGCUGCUGGGAUUGUUGAACAACAACUCCUUCAUGAUUUAGAUGACACGCUCCGGUCUGCUAUCCCAUCUAAAUCAAUGGCAGACUUUGGUCUUCCUGUUCCGUCAGUCGAUCACAAUGAUCUAUUGCCAAAGCUAAAUCGUGACCAACUAUCAACUUACAACAAAGUCAUUGCUUCCAUAGAGAACAAAAAACAAGCACUAAUAUUUGUUUAUGGACACGGUGGCACUCGUAAAACAUUCUUAUGGACGAAUAUUCUUUCCUAUUUGAGAUCGAUAAGGAAGAUCGCUUUGGCUGUUGCUGCUUCCGGAAUCGCAUCGCUUUUGUUACCUUCUGGGACAGCCACACACUCAAGGUUCAAAAUACCUAUUGAUUUAAACGACAAAAAAUCAUGCGAUAUAAAAAAACGUACCUUCCUUGGCGAUCUUAUGCAGCGAACAACACUCAUAAUUUGGGAUGAAGCACCAACGAGUGAUAGAAGAUGCUUCGAAUUUUUGGACCGCUCACUUAGGGAUGUGUUAGACUGCGACGAAAAACCAUUUGGAGGCAUAUCGGUACUUCUUGGUGGUGAUUUCCUCCUAACUCUACCUUUUCUACCUAAGAGCACACGUUCAGAAAUUAUAGCACUAAGUCUACCAAGUUCGUAUUUAUGGACAUAUUUUAUAAUUUACUUUUUACAUACAAACAUGAGACUUGAGUCCUCUAACACAAUACCCCACACCUCAAUGACUUUAUCCGACUUUGGCACAUGGUUCUUAGCUAUUGGUAAUGGACAUAUAGGUGUACCUGACAAAGAUGACCCACGAGACUCAAGCUGGAUACAAAUCCCAUCUUCACUCCUAAUAUCACCUUCCCCUAAUUCCUUACAGACCUUAAUAGAUUUCGUGUAUGGGGAUGAUACACUUAAUCAACCAACUGCGUCACACCUUUCAGCAAGAGCAAUAGUUUGUCCCACAAAUGAUUCAGCAGACGAGAUAAACGCUCACGUUUUGAGAAUGGUCACAACAGCUGCCAGGGUAUACAAUAACACAGACACCAUGCAACCCAAUGGAAAACACACAUCGGAUUUGGAAGGCAUCUCAAUCGAAUAUCUAAACCAAUUAAGCUUUCCAGGAAUACCACCCCACGAGCUUCUACUUAAGGUAGACUGCUUGAUAAUGCUUUUAAGAAACAUAAAUCAGAAGGAAGGUUUAUGCAACGGUACCCAGAUGAUUGUUUCACAAUUGUUACUGUAA